AUGGAGAAUUCUAAGCCUACCAAAACUCCUUGCUGCCCUUCAACAAGGUUGCUUCCUCAUGAUGGUAUUGCUUUGACAGAUCAUACUAAGUAUAGGAGUAUGGUUGGUGCUCUUGAAUAUCUAACCUUUACUAGUCCAAAACUUGCUUUUAGUGUUCACCAACUCUGCCAAUUCAUGAGCAGUCCUACCUCAGCUCAUCUAGAAGUUCCCAAGCAUGUUCUGAGAUAUGUUAGGGGGGCCUUGACUCAUGGCAUUAGUUUUACCCCAGGUCCAUUGACCCUCACUGCAUUUUCUGAUGCAGAUUGGGCGGGGGACCCAACUGAUCAUUGCUCCACCACUGGCUUACUUGUGUUUCUUGGCCCUAGUCUUAUUUCAUGGUCUGCUAAGAAGCAAAACACAGUUUUGCGAUCCUCAAAAAAGCUGAAUAUCUUGCCUUAG